AUGAAUGCGGCAGGGAGGCACUCUGUCUUCACUCAUGUUGGAGGUGGGAACGACUUCAAAAAUCCUCUGUCACUGCUCACUCGGCAGGCAGCGUCAUUUACAUCUUGCUCAACGGUUACAGCCAGCUCCCACAAUCACCUUGGGGAAAUGCUUCCACCGCCAGAAGUGGGCGUACCGAAACCCAGUACCUGUAUCGUUCAGAUCGAAACUGACGACGUCUCGGCUAAUACUUCGGUCUCCCCCACUAGCUGUCCUUCGAAUAGCCUAUGUUACGCUACACCGUAUGGCAAACCCCCUUCGGUUGCAGGCACUAUGGAAUUGUUUGCAACGCUGGAUGUACCAAGCCCCGAGAAGCACCACUUUCGACUGUCUGAUCACGCCUCAGUUACAUCUGUACAGAUAAAGCCGGAAGGAAAAUUUAGCCAAAAUAUUCCUAUCACUGGUCCGGACAACCCAGAGACGUAUUGGAAACAGAUAGAUGAUCUGCUUUUUUCGAAUUCACUCGGAAACUUUGGCCGCUGUCUGGCCAAUGCAGUUAACGACACUCACAAACAUCGUGUUGCUCUUCAGACUACCAGUGAUCGCAUAGACGUCGGUCAACACCCGCUGUCAACUGGUAACUGCCGAUACAAUAGCGAAAACUGCUCAGUAUCGUUUUGGGCCGAAUUGCAUAAGGUCUUCAUGAGCCAAAUGAAAAAUCGUAGAAAUGAAUGCUCAAAUGAGAAGGUCAACCGCUUCCGUUGGGAUCAGUCAACCAUCAGUAGAUAUCCCACUUCCAAGUUCAUUCCCUUUUAUAGGGCCACCUCGUCUCAUUUGAGGCAUCAGCCCAAUAUACCAAGGCCAGAGGCCAGCAAUCCCUUAUUGAAUGGAACUGCACCGCUAGUUGGGAACGGAACAAAAAGAAAACAAAUAGUGGAUGGAAUUUCCGACCGGAUUCCGUUGGUCACCUCCUCGAGAUGGCUGCUUAGAUCGUCCGAAAUAAAACUGAAAGGGAGGGGCCGUCGUGUGAACAGAAAAACCGAAGCAAGAGUAGACAGUCAGUUAUGUCAGCAAAUUCGAAGAAACCGAAAAGAGAAACUACGUCGCAUAUGCAGUCCCUUUCUCCAAGGAACUAAAGAAGGACCGCUGGAUUUGAGGUCACCCGUAGUUACCCAUUCCCGUAUUGACGGUGCACGAAACGGCAGGCCGGUUACACAAAGUCGAAACGAAGUGCUCAGGCCAUUAUGGCCAGUUGAGGAUGCACACCGAUUUUGUUCAAUCGACUUCCUUAAGGCACAUUUUAACUGGCUCCAACAAAGACGAAUUGUUGCGGGCCAGCUCAUCAAACCCGCAUUAAGUGAGUCUUCACUAAUGUUUUAUUUGUUGAUGCUUGUCUCUCUGGUCAUGCUACAGUAG